UCCACAUUUUCUCGAACCUUCUUCUUCUUCUUCAGCAAUGGCGGAGCUCCUCCCCUUCUUCCUCCUCGCCUUCCUCCUACUCCAAUUCACUUCCUCUUCCUCUUCACCAUCUCCAUCGCCUCAGCCGGAUUCCGAUUCGCCAUCCCCGUCCGAAUCUCCUCAGAUUUCACUACCUCCCUUUCCCUCCGGCGCUCCGGCGAAUUCCCCGAAUGCGGCGGCGUCACCUCCGGCGCCGCCGUCGUUCGAGUCGCCAUCUCCCCCGCCGGAACCCGCUUCCGAUGCUCCCGUUCCGGAGCCAGCCAGCGACGUCAGCCACAGCGAUAUCAGCGCCGACGGAGAAGCUAAAACGGCGUCGUCCGACGGAGGGAUGAGCGUGGGGAAGAAGGCCGGGAUCGGACUCGGAGUGAUCGUUGGGGUUGGAUUGGUUGGACUCGGAGGGUUUGUGUACAAGAGGCGCCAGGAUAACAUUCGCCGAUCUCAGUACGGCUACGCCGCCAGGAGAGAGAUGCUCUGAAUCAGAGGGAAGCAGUUACAGAGGUUACUGUGAAUUUUUUUUACUGUUGCGCUUAUGUAGUAAGUUUGUUUUUGAGUUACUGCGUUUGUUUAGUAUAUGAUUGGUUUGAAGAACGGUGAAAUUCUAUUGGAUUCUUGAUUCUUUGGCGCCGUCGGAGGUGGUGGUAGUUAGAUCUUUUUGGUCGUAAUAUAGUGAAACAAGUCAAUAUUAGUCAUUGAUUAUGAUGUAUUUCGUAUUUUUAGAAUAAUAAAUAAUUGGUUCUCUUUCAC